AUGGAGAGUCAGGAGAAGAUGAUCAUGGUAAUGGGGCUGCUGUCCAUGUGUCUGUCCAGGAAUGCAGAGUGUGUCUGCAUUCACUUUGAUGCUGACUAUGCUCUUGCAGACCAAUUUGAAGAUAAAACUACAUCAGUAUUGGAACGUCUAAAGAUUUUCUAUUGCUGUCAAGUGCCACCUCACUGGGCCAUUCAGCGCCAACUUGCCAGUUUGCUCUUUGAAUUGGGAUGUACCAGUUCAGCCCUUCAGAUAUUUGAGAAGCUAGAAAUGUGGGAAGAUGUUGUCAUUUGUUAUGAAAGAACCGGACAGCAUGGAAAGGCAGAAGAAAUCCUAAGGCAAGAACUGGAGAAAAAAGAAACGCCAAGUUUAUACUGCUUGCUUGGAGAUGUCCUUGGAGACCACUCUUGCUAUGACAAGGCCUGGGAGUUGUCCCAGCACUGCAGUGCUCGUGCUCAGCGCUCCAAAGCCCUCCUUCACCUUCGAAACAAGGAGUUUCCAGAAUGUGUGGAGUGCUUCGAACGCUCAGUGAAGAUUAAUCCCAUGCAGCUCGGGGUGUGGUUUUCUCUAGGCUGUGCCUAUUUGGCCUUGGAAGACUAUGGAGGUUCAGCAAAGGCGUUUCAGCGUUGUGUGACUUUAGAACCUGAUAAUGCUGAGGCUUGGAACAAUUUAUCAACUUCCUAUAUCCGAUUAAAACAAAAAGUAAAAGCUUUUAGAACAUUACAAGAAGCUCUCAAGUGUAACUAUGAACACUGGCAAAUCUGGGAAAACUACAUUCUCACCAGCACUGAUGUUGGGGAAUUUUCAGAAGCCAUUAAAGCUUAUCACCGGCUCUUGGACUUACGAGACAAAUACAAAGAUGUUCAGGUCCUUAAAAUUCUGGUUAGGGCAGUGGUUGAUGGGAUGACCGAUAGAAGUGGAGCCGUAACAACCAGCCUCAGAGGAAAGCUGCAGGAGUUAUUUGGCAGAGUAACUUCAAGAGUGACAAAUGAUGGAGAAAUCUGGAGGCUGUAUGCCCAAGUAUGUGGAAAUGGGCAGAGUGAAAAGCCUGAUGAAAAUGAAAAGGCAUUCCAGUAUCUCUCAAAGGCGUACAAGUGUGACAUACAGUCCGGUUGUUGGGAGAAAGAUAUUACAUCAUUUAAGGAAGUUGUUCAAAGAGCCCUAGGACUUGCACAUGUGGCUAUAAAAUGCAGUAAAAACAAGUCCAGUCCCCAAGAAGCUGUGCAAGUUCUUUCUUCAGUUCGACUCAAUUUACGAGGCUUGUUAUCGAAAGCAAAGCAACUUUUUACAGAUGUGGCAAGUGGAGACAUUUCCAGGGAGUUAGCUGAUGAAAUAGCAGCUAUGGACGCCUUAGUAAUGGAGCUCCAAGACCUAAGCAACCGAUUUCGAAAUCAGUAUUGACUGUGUUGGGAGAAGUUUCUGGAAAAGGUGCUUUUACCUUCUGGAAUUUCUCUUCUACCUGAAUAUCUGAAAUAUGAGAUAUUGAUUUCUUAAAAUAAAUUUCUGUUUUAUGGCUAACCUUCUUGUUUUUGUGAUAUUAUCAAAUGCUUGUGCUUUUUGAAGUAUAUUAAAUAAAAAGUUCCCUAUUUCUUUAGGCUUAGUUA